UGCCAGAAGCUUGGGAAGAAAAUUGCUUAGAAACUGGAGACAAGUUCAAUCAAGUGCUGUGAGUUUGAUCUUAAAAGUAUUGAAAGAACUUAUAAACUUGUGAAUAUUAUUAUUUUUCACUUAUUUAUAGGUAGUUAAUUAACUAAUCAUCAAAAAUAUAUUUAUUUAAAUAACUCCAACGCGGGAGUAAAAAUAUUACGACUUGCUAACAGGGCGCAUACUGUAUAGUAGUUACAUCAAAACCAAACAAUCCAAGUGUGUGAAAAAAUAUUACAGCUCCAAUUCGUAAUCUCUAAUUGCAAGUGACUCGGCUUACCCUGGAUCAUCAGCCUCAUUGUUAUCAACGUUCAGUUUUAUCCUCGUUCUCAGUAGCAUCGGUAUCGUAUCUAGUUCCUGGUGAUUACAGUAUAUUACAGUGACGCUUGCGCGCCAUUACUAAUUAUCUUAUUCUCUUAAACCAUACAUUCUUUGGUAUAUAUCAUACAGUAUAUUUAAUAUCCCUUUUUUCGUGUGCUUUUUCCCCAGGCACCAGUGAUCAGGUCUUACGGAGGUAUUAUCACCGAAAUUAAAAAGUCAAAAGGAGUUUUUAAAAUAAAUUUAUCCGUGGAUAAAAAAAAUUUAAAACAAUUAUUUAUAAAUACCGUCUUUAUAAAGAAAGAGCAUAAAUAAUAAACCGGUACGUGAAAAAUUUGAUGGUUAACAAUGAGUGACUACUCAGCGGUAGCUCCGCCUCAGAAUUUCAGCCAGAGUUCGGCGUUUGCCGCGGCAUUACAACGUGCUAAACAGAUUGCUGCUAAAAUCAAUCCUGGAGGUAGUCAGAACAGUGAUAGUGGAAUCAAAAGGCCUCUUGAAGACAGCUCAGGUUUCAAUGACGAAUUUUCAGAACCAGAGGCAAAAAAAUUGGCGCCAGAUCCAUUAAUUGGAAUGAGAGGAGGACCAUUGGGUGGAAUGAGUGACAAUGGCGGGAACCGAGGAGGUCCGGUAUCGUCACCAACACCAGGCUUGGGAGUAAUUGGACGAGGUGGUGAACAGAUAACGAGGUUGCAAAGUGAAACAGGGUGUAAAAUACAAAUGGCACCCGAAAGUGGCGGUCUGCCUGAACGUCUUUGUACCCUAACGGGUCCAAGAGAAGCUGUCAAUCGUGCCAAGGAUUUGGUACUGUCGAUAGUAAAUCAACGGUGUCGCUCUGAAGGAGGUAUGGGUGAGAUGAAUAUGCCGAACCCGAAUGCUGGAGGUGGAAACGGUGGGGUUGGUGGCAAUAACGGAGGUGGAGGAGGUGGUGGACCUAUAAUAAGUAACAACAGUCACCCGGGAAGUUUAGAAAUUAUGAUUCCUGGUCCCAAAGUUGGAUUAAUUAUCGGAAAAGGUGGCGAGACCAUUAAACAGCUUCAGGAAAAAUCUGGAGCUAAGAUGGUUGUAAUUCAAGAUGGACCUUCUCAGGAACAAGAAAAACCUCUAAGAAUAACUGGAGAUCCACAAAAAGUUGAGUACGCUAAACAAUUAGUCUAUGAAUUAAUAGCAGAAAAAGAAAUUCAAAUGUAUAACCGUGGACCGAGAAAUAAUGACCGUAAUAGUUUUUCAAACGACAAUGGUUUUAAUAACCAUGGCCCUUCGUCAUCGAAUAACGGUGAUAAUUGCGAAGUAUUAGUCCCAAGAGCGGCUGUUGGUGUUGUAAUUGGCAAAGGAGGUGAUAUGAUUAAAAAAAUUCAGUCUGAAACUGGAGCACGCGUACAAUUCCAGCAGGGAAGAGAGGAAGGUCCAGGUGACAGAAAAUGUUUACUGUCUGGAAAACCACAGGCUGUCGAGCAAGCGCGUCAACGAAUUCAAGAGCUCAUUGAUAGUGUAACGAGACGAGAUGAUAGACCGCCUCAAGGAAGAGGCGGCCCGCGUGGUAAUGGGUUUGGCGGAGGUAACAAUAACAAUGGCGGAGGCGGCGGUCGUCCUAAUGAAUACGGAGGCUGGGAUCGUCGUCAAGGAGGUGGUAACAUGCAAGAUAAAAUCGAAGCUACGUACAAUGUACCUUCAACAAAAUGCGGAAUAAUUAUUGGAAAAGGUGGUGAGACAAUUAAACAAAUUAACCAGCAAACGGGAGCACACUGUGAACUUGAUCGCAGAAAUCCAGGAACUGAGACUGAAAAGAUUUUCAUCAUUCGCGGUACUCCGGAACAAGUUGAACACGCUAAAAGGAUAUUUAAUGAAAAAUUAGGCGUGCAAAAUGACCCAAUGCAUGAUUUCCAAGGUGGUAAUGCAGCAUACGCUGGUGCUCAAGGUGCAAUAGGCUAUAAUCCUACAUGGAAUGCAAGUGCAGGUUAUCAGACAUGGCCUACUCAAGCUCAACCAGCUGAUCCUGCUGCUGCAGCACAACCAGUGCAAAUAAACCCUCAAACAGGACAAGCAGAUUACAGCGCUCAAUGGGCAGAAUACUACCGUUCCUUGGGUAUGCACCGUGAAGCUGAGUUAAUCGAACAACAAUCCAAGCAAGGUAAAGGCGAUCCAUCUCAGCAACAAGCAGCAGUUGCCGCCGUUGCGACUCCUGGUGCUGCAGCUGCUCAGACAGCUCAACAGCAACCGCAAGCGAACCAACAAGCUCAGCAGCAAAAUGCUGCCCAAAAUGGUGGUCAGGCGGACUACAGUGCUCAGUGGGCCGAGUACUAUCGCAGUAUUGGUAAAAUGAAGGAAGCCGAGGCUAUAGAGGCCCAAAUGAAAGCUGGAAAGGGCAAUCAAAUGCCUCAAGCUCAAAUGCAACAGCAAACAAUGCAAGCUCAAACCGGAGCUGCAGCUGCUCCACCAACGCCAGCAAACGCUUUUCCACAAGCAUAUGGAGCCUAUCCGGGGAUGAAUCCUGGCUCAACACCCGGUAAUUACUAUGCCGCAGGUGCUGGAGCUCCACAGCAACCGAAUCCAGGACAACAGAAUCCGGGAUUCCCAGCUGGCUAUCAGAAUUACUCUUACUCCCAGCCCAAUGCUGAUAAUUAAGAGUCUCUACAAUAUAAUUAAUUUUCAGAUAGCUUUCCAUUGGGACGCGGUAACCUGCUGUUGUCUUCACAUUAUAUAAAAAAAAUUAAUUCAUUAAAAUAGUUACUACAAAAUAUUGAAUUGAUAUAAACUAUAUCAUAAUAAUAAUCAUAAUAAUAAUAAUUAACAAUUAUGGUAAUUGACGAUCCGUAUAAUAGCGAAAAAAAGAUAAUUUAAAUUCAUAAAAAGUAUGAAGAUAUAGUAAAGAACAGUAAUACAAGUCCUCCGUCAAUUUCUUCUUUCUUUUAUUAAAAUAAUUAAUAAUUAAUAAACAAAAAGUAUAUAACCACCGUAGGAUAUUAUAUUUUUAAUUGCUAAAUCUUAUAAAUAAAUAAUUAAUGUGUAAACAAAUAUAGUCCUUCAGUGUUCUUUAAAAAAAAAAAAAAAAAAAAAAAAUUGUCUUAAAUGUUUCUUAUCAUGAAAAUUUUUACUGUACUGUAAUAUAAAAAAAAAUAAUUACGAGGAUAACAAUAGUAGAAGGUAUGUAUUAGUAGGUGGCCAGCAGACGAGUUUUAGGAUAUUGUACUACGAAUGCUUAUAAAAAAAAAAAAAAAAAAAUUGGAAAUUAAUAAUUUGAAUAUUGAUGUGGGUAAAAUUAAGUUUAUAAGACAAAUAUGUAUUGUUAGGUUUCGUGUCUGAUGCAGCAGCCUCGUAUGCUAAUAAUAAUUAUUAAUAUUAACAAUAAUGAUAUCAUUGUCUUUCUAAUUAUUUUGGCUUUUUUAUAUUGUCAUUAAUGGUAUGAAUUAUUAAUUAAUUGAUAAUCUUGUAUUAAUCAACCAAUAUCACUAGUUGAGAAAAUUUUAA